GAGCCUCGCCCCCAGCCUUCCCGCGGUAGCCGGCAGCCUCCCCGCUCGCCGCCAAGCCUUGUCCCGGUAGCUGAAGACUUGUCUCCGCGCGCGGUAACCAUGGCUGACGAGUCGGUCUACUGCCCGGACUGCCACCGCACGACCGAGGUGGUGCUGGACCACGCCACCGGCGACACAAUCUGCACCGAGUGCGCGCUCGUCCUGGAGGCGCACUACAUCGACGAGGGCUCCGAGUGGCGCAACUUCGCGGACGACGGCGGCGGCGAGGACCGCGACCCCAGCCGCGUCGGCGGGCCCAGCGACCCGUUCCUCUCCAACACGCCGCUCGUCACCCGAAUCGCCUACGCCGGCCCGCAGAAGACGCAGGGCGAGGGCGGCCACGCGCUUCCGAGAAUGCGGGUCAGCGCCGGCGCCGGCGGCGCGGACCACGAGCAGGCGCUGGUGGAUGCGUUCCACGCCAUCGCGGACAUGGCGGACCGCCUCGGCCUCGUCGGCACCAUCCGGGACCGCGCCAAGGACGUCUACAAGAGGCUGGACGAGGCCAAGGCGUGCCCCACCAGGGGCAAGAAGCGGGACGUGUUCUACGCCGCGUGCCUCUACGUCGCGUGCCGCAACGAGGGCAAGCCGCGCACUUACAAGGAGCUGGCCACGGUCACCGCCGCCGGCGCCUCCGCCAAGAAGGAGAUCGGCAAGAUGACCACGCUCAUCAAGAAGGUGCUCGGGGAGGAGGCCGGGCAGGUGAUGGACAUCGGCGUCGUGCGCGCCGCCGACUACAUGCGCCGCUUCUGCUCCCGGCUCGGGAUGGGCAACCAGGAGAUGCGCGCCGCGCAGGAGGCCGCGCGGAGGCUCGAGAACGGCCUCGACGUGCGGCGCAACCCCGAGUCCAUCGCGGCCGCCAUCAGCUACAUGGUCGUGCAGCGCGCCGGCGCCGGCAAGACCGUCCGUGACGUGUCCAUGGCCACCGGCGUCGCCGAGGCCACCAUCAAGGAGGCGCACAAGGACCUCACUCCGCACGCGGAGAUGCUCUUCGCCUAGCAGGCGCGCGUGUCCUUAGCUUUUGGAUGCGUUUCCUGGCGAUCUUGGCAUGUCGGCCGACGGCCGUGUUCUUGGUUCUUGGCAUCAUGGCGCAUGUCUUUUACAUGUUCGUGUUCCUAGCAACGAGAACGUUUGUGAAUUGUCUGUUGGACUUCGAUUCUAAGUACAUUCAAACGUGAAUCCGUGCUUUGAUUC